UGACAUUCCUUACGCGCACAUGUGUCACGGCUUGCUGCCAGACCGGACUGAGGACAGAGGAGGUGUUUGGGCUGAGAGGAGCUGAGGACGCGCUGAGCAAACCCAUCCGCCGGGACCGGGACCGGUACCGUCAGACAAGCCGCAUGGUGACCUGACAGAGAUGGGCUGUGCAGGGAUGUGCUGUGACGACCUGGAGGAACCGAAGGCCCUGAUGAAGAUGGGCCUGAGCGUGAUCCUCGUCGGUCAUGUCAACUUCCUGCUGGGAGCGCUGGUGCACGGCAUCGUGCUCAGGCAGAUCAACCUGCACGAGAAGGCCCGGGGCAUGGGCUACGCCAUCACCAACGUGGUCACCCUCAUCACCGGCAUGUUGGGUGUCGUCGACGGGAUCCUAGCGAUCGUCCUGUCGAAAAACAAGAAGAGCAAACGCCUGACAUGGUCGUUGUUUUCCAUCAGCCUGGUUUCAUCACUCGUAGCGGGAGGUUCCACCGUUGGGCUCCUGGCGUCAGUGGUGCAGACCAUCCUGAACGGCGGCCGCUUGCUCCUGACUCACUGCCGCUUUCCCGAUGCCGUUGACUACUCCAGCAUCACCAACGAGUGUCCCUUUGACCCCACCCGCAUCUACAGUACAACCAUGGUCCUUUGGGUCGGUCUGAUUGUGUCUUGUAGCAUUCAGACGGUGUAUUCCGCCCGUUGCCUCGCCGCCUGUGUUUCCUUCUUGGGAUUGCCUGGUUGCCCCAAAAGAAUGCGACGUAAAAACUACACCAGACCAAUCAAUGUGGGGAUACCUGCAGCAAAACCCAACCAACCUCGCUAUACUGAGGCCCCAAGAAGGCACCACGACAAUCCGCAAGUCUACAUGGAGCCUCCUAGAGUCCAUAAUGUGCCGCCUAGACAUCAUACGGAACAGGCAAGACGCCAUGACAAAUAUUCACAACUCUACGCCAACUCUCCUGGAAACCACAAUACACCAGGCAAACAUUAUACCGAGCCCCCAAGAAGCAACCAUAAACCAUCGAGGCGUACCACCGCGCCUCCAAAACUGGAGCGACAGACGCCCCCACGUCAUCUACCUCUCCAGAGUAGGAGUCUUCCCUCCGCAGAGAGGCAGCCCCUUCGGCAAUCCCCCAGAGAACGGUCAGACAUAGAACGUCAAGACACAAGGACUGGCCGUCAACAAAGGGGACAUGAGCAGCGCCGCGACCUGAGGAGGGGUACAGUCGACAGGUCAAGCUUCUGGAUAUAGUUGUCUUUGCAAAUUUAUUUAAAGUACACACUGUUUUUGUUGCUGUGCUCACCUUCAAGACGUCCAGCAUCACACGGACAGAACUCGCUCUCUGUAAUAUAUCAGCCAUGAGAAGCUGUGUCAUUGGAGACAUUUGAUUUGUCUUGAGCAUGACAAGAAGCUCUUGGAAGUUCCGAAUGUUUUUUUUACGAAACGCAUAGUAUUAGAGGUGUGUUUGUGUUUUAUUACUCAUCAUUCUCCUCGUAAUGGACAAUUGCACUUAAUCUUUUAAACUGAGAACACUGUGCCAGUUUCCAAUCAAAGGGCUUGACAUCAUGAAGAACUGCUUUUUUUUUUAGCCAUGAACCGGAAGAUAAAAUGUUUUGCUUUGCUGUCCAUGUAACACGGAUAAAGCUGAAAAAAAAAUGGUUAGCAAACCAAGAACACUUUCAGAGACGGUAAAGCCUCUAUGCUAACUUUAGCUAUAAACAGUUCUUCCUCUCUAAGGAAGAACAGAACCAGCAACGAUUUGGUUUAUAUCGCAAACAUUUUAUGUUGUUUAUGUUUACUGCCAAAUGCUGCUUUAAUAAGGACUGAGCUGGACUUGACUAAACUAAGCGUGACUAGAUCCACAAAAAGCUAAUAAUGCUAAGGCUUGCACUCUGCAAAAACAGACAAUUUUUUUUUCCGUUGAGGUUGAAGAACCAGUCUAAAGUUAUGUCUGGUGAGGACAUUUCAUAAUUCACAAGGACUAACAUGCAAAACUCCUGGGAAAUUCCCAUAGGUCACACCCACUGCAACAUGUUAGUGUUGUACCCACAGCCAUUUAAAAUUUCUGACCAAUCACAAGAUAAGAAAAAAAUGUUUCAGAAUGUAUGUCAAGAACAAGCUGCAAGAACUCUCAAUCCUGGCCCUGUUCUUGAGGCCCUAGGAGAAAGAACAGUUUAUUUUUGUUUUGGUGGAGCAUAUACAUUCAAAUAAAAACCUUCCUACAGCACUUAUGUUUAGAAGAUUAAAGCACACUUUUUACAUAACCUUUUGCUGUCUGAAGCAGAAAUUACCAACUUGUUAUGUCUCGCUAACUGGAAAAGCUGAUUGUUCACAGACUAGGUUCCUAAUAAAAAGGGUUUGAUGUUCUGAGAAAUAGCUUGAACUUUCUUACCACAAAUUUAAAAGGGUAAAUGCAUUGUUAUUUACAUGUUAAACAAGCUGGGCAAAUAGUCUGACACAAUCAGGAUAAAGGAGGCCUUAAGUUAGCAUGGUUAGCAUGUAAGUUCUUUCCAAAGCUUCACACAAACGGAGACAUUUGUUUGUUUACCCAGGGCGGCAAGAACAAGAGGGCCAUUCUGUUCUUGCAGCUUGUUCUUGAGACCUAUUCUAGGCAGACGUUUUGUUUUGUAUGGUGGCUGACGACAGGCUACAGGUAGUGGGCGUUGAUACUAUGCUGGGUGGGCUGGAGCUAUGAGAAAAAUCACUUGAGAACUUGUGGAUGUCCUUUUUAGAAAUUACUUGGUUCUUGUUCUUGCCACUUUGAGUAGGCCACAAAAAACAAAUGUCUCUGCUUAUGCAGACCGUACAAGUGUUACAACCAGUAAUAUUUGAAUUUGUUUUCAUCACAAAAGCAUUGUUUAGUUUUAUAAUGUGUUUAUCGCAUUUUGAUACUUGAUAUACGACAGGUGAGCUUAGCUUAGCUUGACUGGAUACACAAGUUGGUCAGACUGAGACAAAAUGGAACAAAAUCAGCUUAAAGCACCAAAGUGUUAAAAUGUAAACUCUUACGUGCUUUCCAACUUUGUGUUUUAUAAGAGUUGUCACAAGCAUGGUUAUCUUUGUUAGUAGUGCUGUCCUGCUUGGCUAGCUCACUGUUUACAGGAUCACUGUCUCAUCGAGUGCAAUGUGAGCCACUUUCAUUUUCUCACCAAUGUAAUUCCCAAAAGGAUGAUUUUUUUUUUUUUUUUUUUUUUUGCCCUAACAUUUGAGUUUACAAACUGAAGCGUUACUUUCCAAAAAUGUGUUAAUUCAACUUUCAAACCGUAGGAAAGACUUUUUGGUUUCCGCUGCUUGUGUUAGAAUAUUUUUGUUUAAGAUGUCUGCUCCUUUAAAGCAAUUUAAAGCAGCACUGCGAGUGUUGAUAUUUAUUUCCUAUGUAAAUAAAUGCCUUUUUUUAAAAUUCA